UUGUUCCCUCUGCCUGAUCUGCUUCUAUGAGGCCUAAUCUACUGGGGGCAGGGAGGCAAAGCUAUGGAGUUUGAAAGAAAAACCGACUACAGUCCCAUGUACCAGUGCCCCAACUCCACCCAAGCACUCCUGAGAAGUUUGUUUCUUUAACCUAGAAUAAAGAACAGCAGUGGCUCCAUAAAAAUACAGACUCACCAGUUCCUGCUUUGAUGUGACAUGUGACUCCCCAGAAUACACCUUGCUUCUGUAGACCAGCUCCAACAGGAUUCCAUGGUAGCUGGGAUGUUAGGGCUCAGGGAGGAAAAGUCAGAAGACCAGGAUCUCCAGGGACUCAAAGACAAGCCCCUGAAAUUUAAGAAGGUGAAGAAAGACAAGAAAGAAGACAAAGAGGGCAAACAUGAGCCGCUACAGCCUUCAGCCCACCAUUCUGCCGAGCCAGCAGAGGCAGGCAAAGCAGAGACAUCAGAAAGCUCAGGCUCUGCCCCAGCAGUGCCAGAAGCCUCUGCUUCCCCCAAACAGCGGCGUUCCAUCAUUCGUGACCGAGGACCUAUGUAUGAUGACCCCACCUUGCCUGAAGGUUGGACACGAAAGCUUAAGCAGAGGAAGUCUGGCCGCUCUGCUGGAAAGUAUGAUGUAUAUUUGAUCAAUCCCCAGGGAAAAGCUUUUCGCUCUAAAGUGGAAUUGAUUGCUUACUUUGAGAAGGUAGGCGACACCUCCUUGGACCCUAAUGAUUUUGACUUCACGGUUACUGGAAGAGGGAGCCCCUCCCGGAGAGAGCAGAAACCACCUAAGAAGCCCAAAUCUCCCAAAGCUCCAGGAACUGGCAGGGGUCGGGGACACCCCAAAGGGAGCGGCACUGGGAGACCCAAGGCAGCAGCAUCAGAAGGUGUUCAGAUGAAAAGGGUCCUGGAAAAGAGCCCUGGGAAACUUCUUGUCAAGAUGCCUUUCCAAGCAUCGCCUGGAGGAAAGGGUGAGGGAGGCGGGGCUACCACUUCUGCCCAGGUCAUGGUGAUCAAACGCCCUGGCAGAAAGCGAAAAGCUGAAGCUGACCCUCAGGCCAUUCCUAAGAAACGUGGCAGAAAGCCUGGGAGUGUGGUGGCAGCUGCUGUUGCAGAGGCCAAAAAGAAAACCGUGAAGGAGUCUUCCAUACGGUCUGUGCAUGAGUCCGUGCUCCCGAUCAAGAAGCGCAAGACCCGGGAGACAGUCAGCAUUGAAGUCAAGGAAGUGGUGAAGCCCCUAUUGGUGUCCACCCUUGGUGAGAAGAGUGGGAAGGGACUGAAGACCUGCAAGAGCCCUGGGCGAAAAAGCAAGGAGAGCAGCCCCAAGGGGCGCAGCAGCAGCAGCAGUGCCUCCUCACCCCCUAAGAAGGAGCACCAUCAUCACCACCACCAUUCAGAGUCCCCAAAGGCGCCCAUGCCACUGCUCCCACCCCCACCCCCACCCCCACCUGAGCCUGAGAGCUCUGAGGACCCCAUGAGCCCCCAUGAGCCCCAGGACUUGAGUAGCAGCAUCUGCAAAGAGGAGAAGAUGCCCUGAGGAGGCUCGCUGGAGAGCGAUGGCUGCCCCAAGGAGCCAGCCAAGACUCAGCCCAUGGUGGGGUCGACCACCGCCACAGUUGCAGAAAAGUACAAACACCGAGGGGAGGGAGAGCGCAAAGACAUUGUUUCAUCCUCCAUGCCAAGGCCAAACAGAGAGGAACCUGUGGACAGCCGGACGCCCGUGACCGAGAGAGUUAGCUGACUUUACACAGAGUGGAUUGCAAAGCAAACCAACAAGAAUAAAGGCAGCUGUUGUCUCUUCUCCUUAUGGGUAGGGCUCUGACAAAGCUUCCCGAUUAACUGAAAUAAAAAAUAUUUUUUUUUCUUUCAGUAAACUUAGAGUUUCGUGGCUUCAGGGUGGGAGUAGUUGGAGCAUUGGGAUGUUUUUCUUACCAACAAGCACAGUCAGGUUGAAGACCUAACCAGGGCCAGAAGUAGCUUUGCACUUUUCUAAACUAGGCUCCUUCAACAAGGCUUGCUGCAGAUACUACUGACCAGACAAGCUGUUGACCAGGCACCUCCAACACCCUCCCCCCAGUGUGCUCAUUAGAGACAGCAGUUGAGAGGACACUCCCAUUUUUGGUGCCCAUUUUUGGUGCCAUUGAUGCCCUGUCCAUAGCUUCCCUGACUCUUCCACCAUCCCAGCUCCCAAUCUGAGGGACUGGGAGGUAUGAGGCAGGAAAAACCAUUGGAUUUUUUAGAGAAGACUGGAGGUGGUCAGUGAUUGUGGCCCAAUGAUUAGAACUGUGGUGGCACAAGUCUGGCCCCACACCCACCCCAAUCCAAAACUGACAAGGUUAUUUUGAAGAAUAGGAAAGUGGCACCUGUCUGAUCCUGCUCUGGCAUGGCUAGGAGCGAGUUCUGAACUGCUAGAUUGUAGACUGCCUGAGCCACAGAAGAGGAUGACACAGGGUGAAAUGUCAUCACCUGUUCAUAAGGCAUGCUCUCCUAGAGAAUGUUAAAGAGGUGCCAUGGAGGCCAGCAGGACAGGGCACAGGCAGGCUGGGUGGGGGUCAAGCCAGGCCUAGUGCCACAGAAUAAGAGCAGCCUAUGACAUAGUUAAGGACUUGUGGAUGGAACAAGGGGUAUGGGGGAAGAAAGAAAAAUAUUCUUCCAAUUACUUUACAGUUUUCCUUU